AGAGAGAAAAAAGAAGAUGAAAUCUAUUUAAUUAAAAAAGACUACAAGAUCAUCUCAACUCUCCAUACAUAAUAAAGGGAAGGGAGGGGCUUAUCAGUUACAUCAAGUGCGUAGCUUCGGCAUUGAUCUGCAUUUGUUUGUUUCCCCAUUCCACAACUUCACCUUAUUAAACAUGGGGUCUGAAUGUUUCAACUUGAAAAAUUCCAUGCAAGUUAAAAUCCUUUCCAAAUGCCUCAUAAAACCAUCAUCACCAACUCCCAAAACCCUUGAGAACUACAAAUUAUCUUUCUUUGAUCAAGUAGCUGAUUGGGCACACAUGCCUCUUGUUCUUUUUUAUCCAAAUGGAGCAAAUAUGGAACAACAACUUGAAGAAUCCUUGUCCAGGAUUUUAACCCAUGUUUACCCUGCUGCUGGAAGAUUCACUGAAGAUGAAUCCUCAAUUAUUUGUCUAGAUCAAGGUGUAACAUAUAUAAAAGCGACAAUCAAUUGUAAGCACGACGAUUUCCUGGCACAGGCGAAUAAAGACCUUGAUCUUGCAUUAUCCUUUUGGCCUGAGGGGAUCAUGGAUGUGGAUGACACUAAUAUAUUCCUCACACCUAUUAUGGUUGUGCAAGUCACAAAGUUCCAAUGUGGUGGCCUAGCUCUAUCUAUUAGCGCUUCACACCCUGCUAUGGAUGGAUUUACAAAAUUUACAUUUGUUUAUGAAUGGUCUAAAGUGUGCAAACUUGGGAUUCCUUCUAAAGAGAUCAACUUCAUGAGCUUCAAUCUGAGCACCCUUUUCCCUGCCAGAGAUUUAUCCGAAAUACCCGAGACCCCAGUUGAUGAAGGCAAGCGAACAGAGUCUAAGUUGACCGCGAAAAAGUUUUUUUUCGAUGAAGCUUCCAUAUCAAAGCUCAGAGAACAGUUAUCAGGAGCUAAUUUGAGUUUUAAACCCUCGCGAGUUGAGAUAAUUGCAGCAUUAUUAUGGAGGUCUUUAAUCCGCGCUUCAUGUGCAAGAUUUGGACAUUUGAAACGAUCCGUAAUGGCCUUUCCAUUUAACUUGCGCGAUAAGGUUGAUUUUCCUGAAGUUUCAAACGCGUUUGGGAAUUUUAUCAUUGAAAUUCCUAUAAAAUUCGAAGCUGACGAAACAAAGAUGGAAUUGCACCACUUUAUAAAAAUGAUCAGGGAGGCAGUGCGGCAAAUGAUUAGCGAUUGUGCUAAAGCUUCUCCAGAGGAGAUAAUUUCAUUGGUUAUCAAUUUGUACAAGGGAAGUUACGCUGGACAAAAAUGGGGAUGCAACAAUGAUGUUGAGGAGUUCACAUGCUCAAGUUUUUGCAGGUUUCCAAUACAAAAUACUGAUUUUGGUUGGGGAAAACCGAGUUUAAUGCACUUUGGAUCAAGACAUAGUCAAGUCUUUUGGUUCUGUGACACAGAAUAUGGCACUGGUAUUGCUGUGCAAAUGGAUUUGCAAGAAGCCUACAUGAACUUCUUUGAACUUGACCAAGAUAUCAUGGCUUUCGCUAAGUUUUAGGCUUUUCUUCUUGUGCUUUAGGCUUUUGUCACAUAUCGUUUCCUAUCAUUUCGUAACUUAUGGUAUUGUAUUGGAUUGCAGUUAUUGUUUUGAUGAAUACAACGUUUGAAUAGAUUAUAUCGUUCC